AUGCAGUUCGUAAAUUGUAUGCAUGGAAGAAAAGAUGCAGGGGAAUACUGGCAGGGGGGCUUGGGUGAUAAAGAUUUUGAACCGAGACCUAGUGUCACGGCUUACACUGAAGGUGUCAGAACCGAACGUGGAAAGCUUUUUGAUAAUGAUUUUGAGCCGAGGCCCAGUGCCACGGCUUACACUGACGGUGUCAGAUCCGAACGUGACAGAAAGUCUUUUGAUAAAGAUUUUGAACCGAGGCCUAGUGCCACGGCUUACACUGACGGUGUCAGAACCGAACGCGGAAAGCUUUUUGAUAAUGAUUUUGAGCCGAGGCCCAGUGUCACGGCUUACAAUGACGGUGUCGGAACCGAACAUGGCAGAAAGUCUUUUGAUAAAGAUUUUGAACCAAGGCCCAGUCUCACGGCUUACACUGACGGUGUCAGAACCAAUGACGGAAAGCUUUUUGAUAAAGAUUUUGAGCCGAGGCCCAGCACUACGGCUUACAUUGAUGGUGUCGACACUGAACACAAAAAAUCUUUUGAUAAAGACUUUGUGCCGAGUCCUAAUGUCUCGGCGUAUGGAGAUAAUGACGUCGUGGAGAAGGUAAGUAAUGUGAUCGUGAAAGAUCUAAAAGGCAGGAAAAAUGGUUCUGUUUAUGAGGAGUAA